AUGUGCGAGGAACACGAUGAUGAACGAAUCAACAUUUAUUGUCUGACGUGUGAAGUGCCAACAUGCUCCAUGUGUAAAGUGUUUGGGGCUCACAAAGACUGUGAAGUGGCUCCACUCAAUAACAUUUAUAAAAGGCAAAAGUCAGACUUCGUUGAUGGAAUUGCAAUGCUGGUGGCAAGCAAUGACCGUGUUCAAACAAUAAUCACUCAGAUGGAAGAGACAUGCAAAAGUAUUGAGGAGAAUAGUAACAGCCAAAAGGAACAAAUGUGUGUGAAGUUUGAUGGCCUAUAUGCACUGCUGGAGGAAAAGAAAAAGGAAAUGAUGCAGCAUAUCACAAUGGAGCAGGAAGAAAAGACACAACAUAUUCGGUCAUUGAUUAGGAAAUAUGCUGAACAUCUCGAGGAAGUAUCCAAGGUCAUUCAGUCUGGAUUACAGUGUAUGGAGGAGCCUGAAAUAGCAGUCUUCUUACAGAAUACAAAACCACUAAUUAAAAAGAUUUCCGAAGCAUCUAAAAUAACUCACUUGGAAAAAAUAGAACGUGGCUUUGAGAUUAUGGAUCACUUUUCAGUAAAAUUUAAGAAGGAAGAGAAGCUUCUCAGGGAGAUAGACUUCCAGAAAUUUGAAGAGGAGACAACUGAACUGGAAGAAAGGGAAGAAGUGGAAGCAGAACAAACUGAAGAGAAUCACACUGAAGUGGAACAAAAGGCUGAUUCUACUGGAGCUAUUUCACCAGCUGCCCAUCCAACAGAGCUAACAGCCACAAACACAACUGCAUUGGCAUCAGAAGAGGAAAGUGUCUGUUUGCAAACAGAUAUUGGACAGCAGCCUAUAGCUAAUCUUAAUGAGGCCCAUGAGCUCCUGGAGUCUGAAACUCAGUUGCUGUCAACAGCAACAUCUGCAGAUCCUGCAUUUUACCCAGAUUGGCACAAAGCUCAUACAUUGGACAAGAUCAGCCCCAGUUUGAACCUAUUAAACAACAGUUCGGACGAUAGGAACAAUCAGAUUGGUUCAGCAAUUUCCGUUGAAAAAGAUGUAAAAAAAGCAGCAGCAGACCAGAGUUCAGCUGAAUUGGAAGUGGAUGGUAAUGAAGGUAGUUCAGCUCCAGGUUUGUCACAGGGUCUAGCGUUCUUCAUUUCAGUUUUGGGUUUGAUGAUCAUACUUCGCCAUCUUUGGAAUCAGAUUCAAUCCAUGAUUUUUUCUUUACUGGAUUGGUUCUGAAAACUGCGCUGCAGCCCAAAGCGAAGAUGCAAGCGGCGGUGGGGCUAAGGCAGGAGAGGGGGCUCGCCACGUGUUCUCCUUCUCCUGG